AUGUGGCUCUUCAGGCGGGAUCCCGAAUCUGCUCCCCUUGCUGUUGAGGCACAAGGUCCACAGUACAGCUCUCCAUCCCACGCGGCGGCGCUGGGUAGGAGCUUCGAGUGGCACCUGCGCGGGGAGCCCUUGAGACUUCUGCUCUCCACCGUCGCCAGUGUGGGUGGGCAAUAUGCAGCGCUGGGCGUCAUGGCAUUGACGGUAUUCACCUCGACCACGCUUUUUAUCCACUGCGACAGCCGAGUCGAGCCGAUGCUUGUGGCCUUCGCCUGUGAGUGCACGAAGUCCAGCAUGCGAUACUUUGUGCUGCUGGCGCUGGUAGUGUCUCUGCUCAUCGCCCUGCGCCAGAUUGUAAGGCAGAGGAUCUACUACGAGAUGCUGCGGCGCGGGGUGCUGUUGGAUUUCGAAGCCGUGAGCCCUUUGCAGGACAACCUCUUCAUCUUGCUUUGUGGGUGCUUGGCCUUUUCCCUGUCGCACAUCUUUGUGGUGGCCUGGCAGUACAACCACGAUGAGAAGACUUGGAUGGACUUCAUGAGCUUCGUGAAUACCCUAGUCACGAGAUACUUGGCCCACUCCUGUGUCUUCCUGGCCUUCCUUGCGACUGCGUACGACACUGAGGGCCAGCUGCUUCCCCUCAGCAAGUACGUGGAAGAAGACCCCCAAGCUGCCCAAUGCCUCAUCAAGCACAUGCUUGUGAUCCCUGAAUCUGCUGCGGUGUCAGCAGUGCAGCGCGGGCUGUGCAUGCCUGGAAUGAGUGCUUACAGCUCGGACCAGAUGUAUGCUGCCUUGGUCACACAGUGCGAAGCAUCUGCAGAGGUUUCCCAGGCGGGAACCACUUCCAUGGCAGAGAAGCUGCUGGAGCAAGCGCGACCUGAGAGGCACACCAAGUUCUUGGCGGAGCUGUGGCCGGCCUGUCUCCUGCUGGAUCCCCGGCUCCAGGACGAGGAGAGCGCCAGGUUCAAGCGCGUGUGGUAUCUGAUCAACGGCUGCGCCGUGCCCCUCACCUUCUUCAUUCUGAUCUUCUUCUUGCGGCAGAUCCGCAAUGACCUUCGCGAUGCGGAAGCGGGUCAGCAGGAGGAUAUCGGCGGCCUGCUGGUGGCGGCGCUUUAUGGCCUUGUCACACUGCAGCUUCUGAUUCAUCUCUGGGGCCUUCUCUUCUUGUCGGCCAGUUCCAAGGAUGCCACCUUCUCCAUCAAGGUCAAGUCCAUGGACUCCAAUGCGAUCCUGUCAAGAAACCAGGACGGCAUUGAACUGGCCAUCGACCCAGGUACCUAUGUGGUCACUCUGAUGAUGCGCUCCGGCAAUGGCAAGCCCCUGUCCGUGUGCUCCACCUUCUCCCUGAACCUUCUGCUGAUCGAGCACAAGAUGUUGCCAUUCUGCCCUUGGGCGCCAAGCUCUUCGGACCAAUCUGCUGCCGCAGAGGCGCAGAGGGCGGCCAGCGACCACAUCGGCAAUGUGCUGACGAAUCUCGUGCCGCAGAAGAUGUCAAAGGACAUGCAAGAACAGAAGCCGGUCACCCUGUGGAUGUCGCAGGGCAUGUCCAAGUUUGUUGACCUGACCUUGGACACCACUGCUGCGGUAAGAAUCGAUGUCUCGAUUCAGCCCCCUUUUCUGCCGCUGGAGGUGGAGCUCAGGAGGAAGCGCGAGACAAGCAAGUUGGAAGCAGCUGUGGCCACUGCAGAGUGGACGGAGCAUCGGCUGCUGCUGAUGUACAACGACCUGCCUGCUGGCAAGUACCAGAUCAACUUUCUGCAGGGAAGGGAGUACAUGGCCUUCUCCAGUCAAGCCAAGCAGGAUCUCUCGGAGCUUUGCGCGCACCUGACCAUCUCAGCGGAGGUGGGUGUGUCCUCCAAAGAGGCAGUGAACACCAUGCGCUCCGAGCUGCUGGAUCUGCCGGACCUGCUCGCUGUGCAGCCACUGCCGCGGAGCAUGAACAUGGUGGGCUGGCUGUCGGGAUCUUUGGCUGCCGUGGGGACGCAGGUGUACCGGUUCUCUCAGGCGGUGCACAAAGCCGAGCUCAAGCUGGAUGAGAAGGCCAUCAUCCGGGUUGUGAGCGAGCCCGCGGACCUCUCCAACGCGGACAUCGUGGUGUCGCUGGAGCAAGAUGGCAAGACGUUGGCGGAGUCGGACCGUCUCGGGCAACUGGUGGCAGAGCUGGACAAGGGCAACUACGCCUUGUCGCUGGCGCCAAAGGCCCAGGCGCCCUUUCUGGUGACCCUUGGGGCAGCUUACGAGUCACGGCUGCGAGGGGACUUGACCAUGUCGGACUCCGGCAGGCCGUGUGCAGACACGGUGCCAGACUUGGCCAAUGGCGUUGACUUCACCGCCAAUUCGUGGGUCAUCGGGCCCACCUUCAUCAGGCUCGGCACUGCCUUCCAAAGCAUGCAGGGCACGCUGAUGAAGUUACCGAUCACCGUGGCGACGUCCUCCGUCCUGUACCUUGAGGCUGGCUCAGCGCUUCCCCUGGACCUGGUGCGCAUUGCGCUGCAGGUGCCAGAGGGCUUGUGGGUCGGGGAGCAGCGGGGCUAUCGAAACUCCCUGGAGAUCGAGCUGCCGGCGGGGAAGUACUCAGUGGAGAUCACCCAGCCAAAGCCGUCGCAUUUGGUUGAUGACAUCAAACGAUGCCUUGAUUUCAGCGUCUACAUCCGCUGCAUGCCAGUGAACCCCGCAUUGGCCGACGGCACCAAGGGCAAGGCCAACGAGCUGGUCCUCCAGGAUGAGGCGGCAGUUCAGACUGCUUCCUGCUUUUCCAUGGGCACGGUCGCCUUGCCGCUGGACUUCUCCAGUGACAAAGGGGGCUCAGUCUCCAUGGGUGGACCCUUGGACCAGUCUGGACACUUGCUGAUUAGAAGCAGCGUGCUCCUCACCGACAUGCACGAUGGCCGGAAGAAGGUCUUCCUGUCCACGGGCGGCCAUGAGCUGCAGCUGAAACUGGCCGUGGUCCUGGGCGGGUACGGCCGCUUUUCCCUGGCAUCACAGGUCGCCUUCACGGUCACCGAUGCCAGGGACAGCAGCACCUACCUCUCGCAGAUAGAGACCUGGACCAUGGAUGACGGCUGGGAGCGGAUCUACAAGCUCAAUGCGAUGUCCGAGUACUGGCUGACCUGGCAUCACGCCCAUCGGGAAAGGACGGAGUCGGCCUGCCUCCACUUUGGCCUGAUGCUGCAGGUGCAUCCGACCGCAGACUUGCCCAGGAUGAUGGCGUGCCCGGGCAGCACCACCUCUCCAGAGGACAUGUUUCCGGCCUCCCUGGACUUGAGUGCCAAUGCGGCCUUCAAGUACAGCAAGCCCCUGGAGUAUUUGUCCCAAGAGCAGCGAGGAUUCCUGUCAAAGACCCGCAUCUCGCUCUCCACGCCUUCAUGGGUUGGAGUGGAGGUGGGCUUCAACUUCUUCACCUCCCACGCGGAGAUGGACGUGGCCCCCUCACAGGCGCCCUCCACUUCGCACCCAUUGAUGGUCAGCGUUCUGGAGCCAGCGGGCAGCCCCGAGAGCGUGCUGAAUGCGAAGCUGGUUGCAGGUGCUGUGCUUCCUGCCGGGGAUUACCUGAUCCGCGUGGCAGACGACCACUACAAAGACCAGCUGGGAAACCAGAGGUUGUGCUUUCCCUUCUCCUUUGACGUUCUUGUGGUGCCUGAGUCUACCAAUCCGCCCAGCGUUCUUUCGGUGAACCCUCUACCUUCUGUGCCUCUGAUACGGGGAGUUGAUCUCGUCCUCACCGUGCGCUUUUCCGAGCCACCCAAGGGCAGCAUCGAGGAAGUCACCAGCAAGUUCUCUCUGGGUGGAGUACAGGCGACAACCGGCGGAUCCAUGAAAAAGUUCGAGAGCACAUACACCAGCGCCAACCGCAAGGCUGUUGUGCAGACAUCAGUCACGGAGGGCGAGAAGGUGUGGGUGCUGGCUUUCAGCGGACAGGCCUUAACGCAGAUGCAGAACGCUCCUCUGGAGCUGGCGAACCUCAGGUUGCUUCCCCCCUGCCUCCCAGGAUAUUCCUGUGAGGCAAUGAGCACCAUCCCACCGCCCAGCUACGAUGAAGUGUCCUGGGCGCGGGCCCGAGCCUCCUACCUGGCGCUGAAGUGGUUGGAUCCAUUGGUCAAUGCGGGCUACGAGCGCCAGGUGAGUUUGCCAGACAGCCCUCCCCUGGCCAACCAGGAGGACACCGCCAAGAACACGCGCAGGUACGUCCAGCUCUUGGAGCAAGAGGAGAGGGCUGGCAGGCAAAACCCCUUGAUUUGGGCCAUCUUCCGGGCCUUCUGGCCGCAACUCUUCCUUCUGCAGUGCAUGAAGAUCAGCCAGUAUUUACUGGGCCUUCUGAGCCCGUUGAUCUUGCAGCGAGUGCUGGUCUUCCAAGAGGCGCAGGAAUCCGGAAAGCAGUUGGCCAGUGAUGCUGCAGCCCAUGGCUUCACAGCCAUCGGAGCUUUGAUUUGCCUGGGCCUCUUCAAUUUGUUUUACAACACCCAGGUCGAUCUGUGGAAGAACCGCCUGGACAUCCGCAUUGGCGCCUCACUCAAGGGGGCGCUGCUCUUCAGAGGGGUGCAGGGCCUCACACAGCCGCCGGGGGAGAGCAGCGAGGAGGGCACAACGCAUGGGGAAAGCGCAAUCUACAACGUCAUCUCUUUUGAUGUGGGUGACAGUGUCAACAUGGUUUGGGUCCUGCUCGAUAUUUGGAGUCUCCCCAUCCAGCUCGUGGCCGCGUUCACCGCACUCUUCUCGCAAGUGGCGUGGUCCGUGAUCCCGGGGCUCGCAACGAUUGUGCUGGCAAAGUGCUUCAACCUCAUCAUGGGCUACGCAGACGGCGUCUACCGAGAUCGCCUUUACUUUGCAAAGGAUGAGCGCCUGGGGCGCUGCAGCGAGGGCUUCACGAACAUUCGAACCCUUCGGAUGUUGGCUUGGACACCGGCCUACGAAGAGGUCAUCACAGCUGCGCGGAAAGAGGAGCUGCGAAUGGCGUGGAUCAGGCUGUGGUUGCAAAAGAUGCCGGCGGCCUUGGACUACGGCCUCACGGCCUUAGUGACGCUGGUGACUCUGGGCUAUUAUGUGUCAACCACGCACGUGGAGCUCAAGGCCUCCCUGGCAUUGCCCGUCAUCGCCCUCAUCGGCUCCCUCAUUGGGCCCAUCAGUCAGUUCCCUACGCUCGUGAACCAGUACAAGAUCUUCCGCUCCGCCUACGACCGAUUUCAUCGCUUUAUGGGUUUCGGGCACCAGGCCAAGCCCUUCACUCCAGAGUGGGCGACACCUUCGGAGGACCUGGAGCCAGGCGACGCUGGGGAUGCGAGCUCCCCGGCUGCGCUGCGCUUGCGAGACUGCUCUUUCUCCUGGGCAGCAGCCACAGAGCGGAAGGAAUUCUCCCCACUUCAGGCUGCCAGGGAGCCACUCCUGGCUACAGCGCCCUUCUUCGAGCUGCAGGGCAUCGACUUGAAGGUGGAGGCAGGCAGCACUACGGCCAUCAUCAGCCAGGAGGGCCAGGGCAAGUCAUCGCUGCUCAUGGCGCUUCUGGGUGAGAUGGCAAUGAAAGCCGGGCACUUCUCAGGUUCCAAGGCGCCCAGCGCCACGACCCCGGUAGUGCCAGAGAACGCGCUGGACGCCCGCAACCUCCUCCUGGAGGCAUGCUCCAUCGGUGGCCGCAGCAUCUCGCUGGCACCCCAGGAGCCUUGGCUUUUCGCCGGGACGCUUCGCUCCAACGUGCUCUUCGGCUUAGACCUUGACCAAGAGGUCUACGACCGCGUCUUGGAGGCAUGCUCCUUGAGAGCUGACCUCAUCACCAUGCCCUUGGCAGAUUUGACAGAGAUCGCUGCAGGUGGCUCCACCAUCUCCGGGGGCCAACGCGCUCGAGUAGGCUUGGCUCGGGCUGCUUACCGGGCAGCCCUGGAGGUUGCUGCCGGGCGCGCGCCUCUAGUGGUGCUGGACGAUCCCUUCUGUGCCCUGGACAAGGAGGUAGCCAAAGAGGUAUGCACUGCCCUGCUCUCCUCUGGGGGAUUGCUGAGGGGCUGCACAGUCCUGAUAGCCGCGGCGGACCCCUGGUGGCUCAGCUGCCUAGCCUCCAACGGCCGGAUCGAUGCAGGCAUUGUCAUCAUUCGAUCGGGGCACGUGCUGACUCAGGGAACCUACUCUGAGCUGCAGGAGCAGCAGCUGCCGGAGCUCCAGACGCUGCAGCUGCCGCAGGAGACUGUGACAAUGCCUAUGCGCAACCCGCAAGAUGAGGAUGAGCAGGACGAGGAGGACGUGGAACCAAACGAAGAGCCUCCCUUGCAGCCACAGGCCGACGCAGCGGCGCCCUGGCCUCGCCUGCCGGCCGUCAGCCCCAAGUCCAUCCGCGCUGAGGUGGAAACGCAAACACCCCUCACGAAGGAGCAGGAGACGAAAGGCGUACUUACCACAGAAGAAGGAAGGGUGGCCGGCCAUGUGCAAUGGUCGACCUACUACAGCUACCUCAAGGCCAUGGGGUACUUCACCUUCUUCGUGAUGUUUGUGGCACUUGCGGGCAUCAUGGUCUUCCAGAACUUCUGCAACCUUUGGAUUGUGUAUUGGACCUCUGAGAAGAAGGAGACAACCUUCAUGUACAGCUGGAUGCAGGACAUGGGCAUGAAGCCUCCCUCGGAGACCCAGGCACUGCUGGCGGUCUAUGGAGCAUUGAUCGCCGGCUUCUUCCUCUCCAACUUCGCGGGCCAUGCCCUGGAGAUCAUCGGCGGCAUCCGUGCUGCCGAGAAAAUCUUUGCUUCGGCGUUGGAUGGCGCCCUCUACAAGCCCUUCCAGUGGUGGGACACCAACCCCACGGGGCGCGUGCUGAACCGAUUCUCAGCAGAUGUGGAGGUGAUGGACAAGGCGGUCACAAACAUUUUCGGCGUGAUCAUCGGCGCCGUGCUGUACUUUGUGGGGCAUACCCUGGUCCUAACCUUCUCCAGCCCGAUGUCGUUGGUGUUGCUGCCCCUCAUCAUUUUGCUGAUGGAAUACUUUGCACGGUACUACCGCAAUACCAUCCGUGAGAUCCAGCGUUUGUAUCUGGUGAGUCAGUCGGAGGUGUACCAAGAGAUGACCGAUGCCAUCACCGGAGGUGUCACGAUUCGUGCCUACAGCGCGAAGGAGCAGGUGCUGACCCGUUGCCUGCUAAACUUGGAGGAGCUGCAAAGGGCAGGCUUUGUAAAGACGACCUUGGGACAAUGGAUCGGCCUGCGCAUGGGCCUGGUGGGAUUCCUCCUCAGCACCUUCAAUCAGCUCCAACCAGUGCUGCAGUACUACGGCGUCAUCGCCAUGCGCAGUGCUGCACUGGUCGGCUUUUCCAUCAACUACAGCAGCGAGGUGUCAGCCGUUGUGCAGCAGUUCGUCAUGAACUUCUCGGAUAUGGAGAUGCAGCUGGUCUCCAUCGAGCGGCUUUGCGAGUACGCGCGAAAAGGAAGUCCCAGCCCCGCAGCACUGCAGGGCAGCCACAGCAGAGAGGGCACAGGUCUCGAGCUGGUGAAUGUGGCUGUGCGCUAUCGGCCCCACCUUGCCCCAGCGCUGGAGGGAGUGAACCUCCGCCUGGCUGCCGGGGAGGCCGUUGCAGUUGUGGGCAGAACUGGAGCUGGGAAAUCCUCACUGCUGCUGUCAAUUUUGCAGCUGGCGCCCUACAGCGGGGAUAUUCUGAUUGGUGGCCAGCUUCUGCGGCCACUCGAGGAGCUCGAGGUAGGACGGCUGGUGGCAGUGGUGCCGCAGCAGCCAGUGCUCUUCUCAGGCACUCUACGCUGGAACCUGGACCCUGCGGAGCAGCAUGACUCACAGCAGCUUUGGGAGGUCAUCAAGGCGGUGGGCCUGCUGCGGAGCUGCGGCUCUCUCGGCCUUGAGGCCAAGGUGCAGGGCACCGUGGGCGGCAGCCAGGCCCACCCAGGUGUGAUGACGCUCUCCUCCGGGCAACGCCAGCUGCUGUGUGCGGCUCGGGCGCUGCUGCGCAGGCCCAAGGCGGCACUGCUGGAUGAGGUCACCGCUGCUUUGCCUCAGGAGGCGGCGCUGUCUACAGUGCAGCAUUUGGUGAAGAAGUUCCAGGACAUCAAUGCUACUACGCUCUUGGUCACGCACCAGGAGGAGCUGAUCAAAGUCUGCGACCGGACGCUGCGCUUGUCCCAGGGUCGCAUCGUCAGCGACACUGCGGCGCUCUGA